AUGGCCUCUCGGCCUUCUCUCCAUCAAGUGAUCCAAACACACCCUCUCAUCGAUAAUCAUGCCCACAACCUCCUCUACAAAUCUGCUGCCUGCAAUUACGCCAAGUAUCCUCUUGAACAAAUCAUAUCGGAAGCUCAGGGAAUCGCCCUAACCAACGCCCCUUCCACCCUGUCUUUCCAUCGUGCUGCUGCCCAGCUCGCUACUCUAUACCAAUGCCCAUCAACCGACUGGGAACAACUCAAGGCGGCCCGAGACCAAUUAGUCCAGAGUGACUACGACGGUCUGAUUCGCAAAUGUUUAGAAGGAACGCAUACACUUCUCCUUGACGAUCUUUUGACCGAUCAAGAUAUUGAGCCAUACGACUCGCAUGACCGCUUCACCGCAUCGCCCACCAAGCGCAUUGUCCGUAUUGAGGCCGUAGCUGCGCAGGCCUUGUCGAAGAUUGUCAGCGGGGGAUCGAUUCCCCCAGAAUCUAGCGAUCCCGCAUCCUUCCAAACUCUCUGGGAGAGCUUCUCCCGAGAGUUCAAUCUUCGGAUCUCCGACGCCAUUCGUGACCCCGCCGUGGUGGGGUUCAAAUCGGUCAUAUGUUACCGUACAGGGUUAAAUGUCCAGCCAACCGAGGACCGUGAUACAAAGCCUUUGCUCCAGUCCUUCGCGCGUACAGUCUCGCAAGCGACCGUAUCCACACCCCGGGUAGAGGACAAGCUGAUGAACGAUUGGCUUGUUCGCCAAACCCUUAAUUUACUCAAAGCUGCCAAGGCUAUCCAACCAAACAAACCUCUCCAAUUACAUACCGGCCUAGGCGAUAACGACAUCGACCUUAUACUGUCCAAUCCAGCGCAUCUGCAGUCUGUCAUUGCGCAGUACCCGGAAGUUGACUUUGUUUUACUUCAUUCGUCAUAUCCCUAUACUCGGGAAGCCGGUUACCUAGCAUGUGUCUAUCCUAAUGUCUAUUUGGACCUCGGAGAGGUUUUCCCCAUGGUCAGCCGGGAUGCACAGGAAUCUAUUGUACGAGAGAGCCUGGAGCUUGUUCCAACCACUCGGCUGUUGUGGAGUACCGACGGUCAUUUCUUCCCCGAAACUUUCUGGCUGGCUAACAAGCAGUUUAGAGAUAUUCUAGAAAAGGUUUUCAUGGACUACGUCCAAAAUGGGGAUUAUACCAACGAACAAGCCAUACAGGCUGCUGUUGACAUUCUUUUCUACAACUCGAACCGAUUAUAUUGCCUGAACGAACAACCACGGUUUAGCACUACGCCAAUAUCCGUAGGCUCCCUCUCCCGCACAUUGCGCACGGAUUUGCUUGAGGCUUUCAUUCGGAGUCACCCGGACGUCAAGUAUGUCUGGAUGCAAUUUAUCGACUAUACUUCGACCAUCAGACAGCGCAUGUUUCCGAUUUUGGAGUUCGCGAAAAUUGCACGCAAGCAGCGCCGGAUUGGCAUCUGCUUGGCUGUCUUUUGGAUGUUGCAGGACGACGGAAUUGCAGGAGGCUCGACCACAGGCCAAUUCUACAUGGAACCGGAUCUCUCUACACUCAGCCCAAAUUCCGGACUUGAUUCCAAGAGCGCCACCGUAAUGACAUGGUGGAAGACAAACGAGGGUGAACCAAUCGAGGGCUGCCCACGUACGACUCUGCUCAAUAUAUCGAGCAAACUCAAGGAUGAGUUUGACAUCCAAGCCACUUGCGGCUUCGAGAUUGAAGUCGUUUUCCUGAAAUCGAUCACAGACCCGUCCACCGGAGAAGAAGACUUCGUUCCUAGCGUAACGAACCACUCCUGGUCACAGAUGACCCGUGAGACACGCCGCUUGCUACCCGUGCUCGAAGAUGUCACCGAAACGCUUGCCUCCAUCGGCAUAUACUUGGAACAGUUCCACUCCGAGUCCGCCCCAGGCCAGUUCGAAUUCAUCCUCCCACCCGGCUCCCCCGUCGCCGCUGUGGAUACUCUCAUCAAAGCCCGCCAAGUCAUAACCUACGUCGCUGAGAAGCACGGUCUCCGCGCGACCCUCCACCCACGCCCCUACCCCUCUGCCGCAGGCACAGCCUCUCAUGCGCACGUCUCUAUCUCUCCGCCAACAAAAGAAGCUUCCUUCCUCGCCGGUAUCCUCCAUCACUAUCCAGCUGUAGUAGCCCUCACGCUUUCCGGCGACGCAAGCUACGACCGCGUCAAAGCGGGCCUCUGGGCCGGAAGUGAAUGGGUCACCUGGGGCACCCAGAACCGCGAAGCGCCCAUUCGAAAGAUUUCCCCCGGCCACUGGGAAGUUAAGUCACUGGACGGCCUGGCAAAUAUGUAUCUAGCCAUGUCUGCUUUCCUGGCUGCGGGGUAUGCCGGGGUAAAAGAGGAUAAGCCGCUUACUGUUAAGGACUGUGCAUACGACGCGGCGACGCUUUGUGAAACUGAACGUAAAGACCUCGGCAUCACUACGAAACUCCCUAAUACUCUUGUUAAGAGCCUCGAGGCUCUAGAGUCUAACAAGACACUUCAAACCCUUCUAGGUCCGAACCUAGUGAAUAACUACAUUAUGGUGAAGCGCGCGGAGAGCAAGAAACUUAAUGCAAUGGAUGAGAAGGCGCGCAGAAAGUGGCUUGUGGAGAGGUACUAA